GGACGUGCUGCCCUGCUGCUGCUGCUGCUGCAGAGGACUGACAGACAGCCACACCGGGACCUCUCUGGGUACGGAUGAACACAUUCCCUAAGUUGUAACUUCUCAAAGAGAGACAAACAACCCUCAUCAUCAUCUUAGGCGCUGUUUAUCAAAAGGAUGCAAAUGAUCAUUUUCUGCUUGAAAAAUUGAGGAAAAACACAACCAUAAAAGAAAAUGCACCUUGGCACUAAAAACAAAAGAAUUUAGACUAUUACCUUGAGAAAGCAAAGUUUUUUUCCCCCUAGUACUCCUUGAAAGUGAAGCGUCAAAUCAUGUCGAAAGAUGAUAUUUGCAAAGUGACAUCUGCCAGCAAACACAAGGAGCGUAAACCUAAGAAGCCUCACUAUAUUCCCCGACCAUGGGGCAAACCCUACAAUUACAAAUGCUUCCAGUGCCCGUUCACCUGCAUGGAGAAGUCCCACCUGUACAACCAUAUGAAGUACAGCCUCUGCAAGAACUCCUUGUCUCUGCUCAUAGAGUCCGAUUGGCCGUAUAAAAAAGGCAACGUCCUGCACCCGGACCAGCUGCGACCCUUCCAGCAGGUGCACGGCCUGAAUCCUGCCGGGAAAGAUGAGAUAGAGAUAGAGAUAGAGCAGGAGGUGAACUCGGAGGGGAAGCAAGCACAACAGAAGUCUGGAGUAGAUGAAGGUGAGGGGAGAGAAAUCCAUGGAGAAGAAGAGGGACCACAAUGUGAGCGAGUGGAGAUCAACGGAGGGGCCAAAGACAUUUCCAACAGCCGCAAAGGAGAUGCUACGGAGGGAACCGCCAAGAGGAACAAACAGCCAGAGUCAGAGCUCUUGAUGGCUGAUAUGCUUUCUCUGGAAGAUCAGCUGUUACGAGCGCGCUCUGUAGAGGUCGAGGCCCAGCUGAGACACUAUAAGCUGUCAAAGACGUGUCUGACGGCUCCUGGACUCCUGUCUGAGCAGUGGCGGCUGCUAGCGUCCAGCCACACCAAGUCCAAAGCAGAAGGUUCUCAGCCUCGAGUGAGUGGCUCAAUACCCUGUUACCCUCCUCCUCCAAACCUGGUGGACUACCAGGAUCCCACCGGACUCAACCUGUCAGUGCUCGGCGUGGGUUAUCCCAUCAGCCCCAGCCUGUUUUCCUACAUGAACUCUGCUAUUCCCUCCGCAGCCACCGGGGUCAGCACUCAGACCCACGCCCAACUCGCCCAGCUUCCUUUCCUGGCGUCGGCGGCUCAGCUGAUGCACACCGCCUCCAACACACAUGCAGACAGAGCUCUCAUCCCCCCUCGUCUCUACUACCCCUUCCUGUGUGAGCACACGUUCGGAGCGGCCUCCACCCAGAGCGACGCCAGCAAAUCUCUCAAGACCAACACAAACAGUCUGGAGGCAAGUCCUUUGUCCAGCUUCCAGCCUAAAGUCAACCUGUGGAAAGUGCCUGCUUUGCGCCCAGGAAACCCCGUCUCCCCUGCCGGGUGGGCGUCACCUCAGAGAGACUCCCCUGAUAAGGGAUACAGGCUGGGGGAUAAAAUACCAGCUACAGCCAAGGAAAGCAAAGCUAAUGCGGGUCUCAAGAGAACAGGAGCUGCACUGUCAGGUCUUGAAACACCUGUGGAGAAAAAGUCCCCUAUGGGCUUUACGUUCAAUCUUCUGAAAAACAUUCAGACCGCAUCAACAGAAAAACAUCUCUCCCAGAACAGCGUACAGGAUGCUCAACUCCAGGAGCGGUCAGGUGAAUUGUGGUACAACGAUCCUCCGACCAGACCCAAAAGUGAAAAAUCCCUUAUUCCGACGGCAGGGAGAACCGCCAGCCAAGACUCGACUGCGGUCAGGACAAUGGAAGCGGGAGCUUCAGAGUCGGUGGCCGCUCUCCUCGGGGAUCUCUCCAAAGCACUGCAGGAGUACCAGGAGGCCGAACACAAAAUCUCCUACCUGGAGAAGGAGGACCUUCCUGCCCAACGACACCUCUGGGAACACCUGAACAAGAUCCGGAGCGAGCUGUCCCACAUUCACCAGGCGCUGGAGCGGACGGCCGAGCAGAGCGACGGACCACUCGACCUCUCAGUUAAGAGAGACCCAACGGACCCAGAUGGGGAGCAGAACACAAAAGAGGACGACAGACUUAAAGACAACGCAGCAGAGAGCGAGGAGGACGAGGACGAGGGUCUGGAGGAUAAAAAGGAGGAGGACGAGGACGAGAGCGAGAGCGAGAAGAGGGCGACGAGGGCUUCGCUGGAGAGUCGUAAGCAGUCGUUGGACAUGCUGAUCAAGAUGAGUCAAGCAUCCGUGGUGAAUACCGAGGUCCUCUCUCCAGGUGGUCUCGGCCUGAGGCCGACUGAGGCCUUGUGGCCGAGCAGAACUACCAAGUGUGAGGCAGACUCCAGCGUGCUGCUCUGCCCCGACGGACGAUCAGUCGUUUUCACCGACAUCCCCUCCUCCGCCAAACCUCCAAAGAGACCUCCAUCCAUACAACGCCUGGAAGCCCAGUGUCCUCCGAGCCCCCUGACGGCUCCUGACUGCUAACCCUCUGCUCCGCUGACUGUAACAAAACCAACAACCUCCCAGGAGUCAAAUGCAGCCAUCUUCAUUGUUACUCGUAUGCCUUUUGACUUUCACAAGCUGGAAGAAGACUGUCACUCUUACUAUCAGUGUAUCUUCAUUAAAGCAUUUGCACCUUAUUAGUCAAAAGGCAUUGAAUGAAAAUGUGAACGCAUUUUUUUUUUUUUUAAAUGCACUACGGAUGUUGAUUGUUACAUUAAUGUCCACCUUAAAAUAAUUUGAAAAAGCGGCAUAAACACUGAGGAGUUUGAUAUGAACAUUUGAGUCCAUUAAAAAUCCUGCAGCGAGACAAUCCUUUUAAUGGAUUUGUAAAUAUUGUAAAUAAAAUAAAUAUAAUUCAUGUGAAAUGUUUUAUAUAUAUAU